GACGCAGAAGCCUCAGCUUCCGGCAAACGGAAACACUAUUACCGCUCUAUCCUGCAGUAUCUCUAUGUUCAGAACCCCUUGCAAAUAAGAGAAAGUGAAGGCUUUAUACCGGAAGUACAGAAAGAGAAGAGCUUAGUAGUCUGGGCCUUCUCUCUCCUUCUCUCUAUGACAAUGGACUCUACUUAAGCAGGGCCGAUGAAAGUUGAAUGCCUGUAAAGCUCGCUGCGGAGCACGCUGGGAUGGAGGAAGGGGGGUGGGGCUUAGAGAAGUGCGGUUAGGACCAACGAGUCGUCUUCCUUCGCGCGUCUUUCGAGCGGCGACGGACGCCCUCUCUUACUGCUGUCUGUUUCCAGUUGUCCACAAUGGCUGAACGGCCUGAAGACCUGAACUUGCCCAAUGCAGUCAUAACCCGCAUCAUCAAGGAAGCGCUUCCCGAUGGAGUAAACAUAUCCAAAGAAGCCAGGAGUGCUAUCUCCCGAGCUGCCAGUGUGUUUGUGCUGUAUGCCACAUCUUGUGCCAAUAACUUUGCAAUGAAGGGGAAGAGGAAAACUCUGAAUGCCUCAGAUGUCCUCUCAGCUAUGGAAGAAAUGGAGUUCCAGCGAUUUGUUGCCCCUCUGAAGGAAUCUUUGGAAGCUUACAGGCGUGAUCAAAAAGGCAAAAAAGGAGCAGUGGAGUUAAAAAAGAAAGACAAAGAUAAGAAGGAAGAUUCUGAGGAUCCAGAUAAAAACCGGGAGGAUGAGAAUGAAGAGGAGGACGAAAGAAUGGAAGAGGAGGAACAAAAUGAAGAGGAGGAAGUAGAUAACUGAGCAGCUUGAUGACAGACUGCCCGUGCCAAGCAUCCUUCACAUGUGGAAGGAAGUGAUGUUGCCUCACAUUUUGCAGUAGAUUGCCCUGCUGGUCGUUAAGGCCCACUGCCAUAUUUGGAAAGCCCCAACAAAAGUCUCAGACUACAACUGCUUGGGGCAAAAUCUGUUUUGGAACAGAGUGCUAGUGGUGCUGAUGAAAAGGCUGCUUUCAUCUAUUGUCUGAACGGCUUAUUAAUGUAAAAGACUGGGUUCGGGAUGGAAGCACAAAGCUGUUCUCUCCAAAAUUGGGUGAAACAGACAUUAAACAAGUCAGCUUUGCUAACGGUGUCUGAAGUCAGUGGUGCUUUGAUGCAUCUCUGGCUGGUUGGGUUCAGAUUUGGGACAUUCAAAGCUCAGGUUGCAAAACAGAUGGGGCUUUUUCUCAGAGAAGCCCACCUUGGUUUGUGUCACGGUGCUCCAGCUUUGCCUUCUCUUUUUUCCUGAUAAUUCUGUUUGGGUCUCUGUGUCCAAUGUGUCAUCUUUACCCAUAGCUCUGGUUCUCCUGAUGCCUUCCCAUGAUUCAGAUUUGGAGUUAUAGAUUUCUACUAUGAACUAUCCAAAGUAUGGCUUGUUAAGAUGAAGCUUUUCUUCUAAAGCAAUUUAAAUUAAACAGAACACAGAACUAAA